AUGCCGGUGGCUGGGACGGGCAUUUCGUCCAUUGGGGGGCGGGCGACGGGCGGGGACGGUCCCGGCGGCGAGGAAGCUGUGUUUCGGCGCCGCCUCCUCGAGCCGUCCCUGGACGAGGUCCUGCUGGUCGGUAAACUAGACGGCACCGUGACUGCGCUGGAGCUCGAGACGGGGCGGGUCCUGUGGUCGUUCGACUCGGGCUCGCCGCUCGUGUCCUCGGGCAAGAGCCACGGUGACGGAAGGCCGCCGGUCUCCCACGUCUUCCCCGGCGCCGAUGGGGCCCUGUACAGGGUGCAGAGCGGUGGGGCCAGCGCGAAACUGGAGAACUUUGGAAUCACUGUGCCAGAGUUGGUCGAGAAUUCGCCAUCCCUGACGGACAACGGCUCCCUCAUACUUGGGUCCCAGACCUCCACGCUGUUCUAUAUAGAUAUGCAGACAGGGGAACUGCUAAGGACCCUCUCCAGCAAGGACGUCAUUGACGCUGACAUCAGCUCGGAUAAAGAGAUCUCCAAGGCACCCAUCCUGCCCAUGGGGCGCCGGGAUUACGUGGUGCAGUCAGUGGACUAUGCCACCGGCGUGGUGCAGUGGAAUGUGUCCUUCUCUGUCAUGCACCAGCUGGAAAUGGCAAUUGUGAAGGACUCUGAGGCGGUUGUUGGAUUCUUGUCUGGCAAUCCAGCCCCUGAGAGUGCCAAGUCAGCCACUGAUGGGGUGAACCUGGAGUGGGGAGCAGACUACUCCCUCCAUGCCAAGGACCCAACCUCCGGACUUGACAAAUGGGAUAUCAGUUUCCCCACACCGCCAGUUGUGGCCUACACACUGCAAGGCGGAGGUCGAGAUGUUCUUCCACUGUGGUCUCCUGAUUAUGGCCUGUCACCAGCCGCCCUGACUUCAUCGCCUGGCGUUUGGACAAGCAAGGAUGAGCAUGUCUUCAUUGGGGCCAUCGCCGGCGGUGGACUCUAUGCGCUGCCAGCACCCUCAGGGGCGUCGAAGGAAGCCCUGGGGAUCCGUAAUCCGAAUAUUGCGGCAACUGCCGUUGUCCAUCUGGAGGACACAAGUCAGUGGAAGAUGGUCCAGGUUGAACCAGGGAUCACCACCGAGCUGGAGGGACUGAUCUGUGUUGUUGGCGUACAAACUGUGGAGCGUCCAGAGGCCCCCCCAGAUUGGUUGCCACCCCCCAACAAGUCCACACCAGAGGUGGUGCCACCAGCAGACAAUGGAUGGGGACUUCUGAAUUAUCUAGUGGGAUUCCUGACUGUUGUGGCCAUGGUGGCUGGAGCGCUGAUUUUCAAGAUGCUCAAUCUCAAGGCUGCAGGGCCAGUCACAGUCCCUGGAGGAGCCAGCCCUGCAGUUCGCUCACGAGAGCUUCCCAGUUUCCCAGAUGUGGGGAGUACACCCAGUUCCACUUUCUCUUCUGGCAGCGAUCCAAGCCUGUCUGCAUCGUCUCCAAAUACCCGCUCCAGAGGGGAGGAUGGCAUUACGCACAUCGGACAGCUGCAAGUGGGCCCUGGGGUUAUGGGAGUUGGAGCUGGAGGCACAGUUGUCUAUGAGGGCACCUUCCUUGGACGGCCUGUUGCAGUGAAGAGGGUGUUGAAGGAGUUCGCAGACAUAGCUGCGAACGAGAAGGACAUCCUCAUUUUGUCUGACGAGCACCCGAACUUGGUGCGCCUCUUUGCGAUGGAGUCAGACGAUGAGUUCGUCUACCUUGCUCUUGAGAAGUGUCAGAUGAAUUUGUCCACCUCUGUGAGCUCAAAAGAAGGUGCAGAGUUGCUGCAUACCAAGAAUGGCAUGCCGACUGAGUACUGCUUGAAGCUUGUGAACGAUAUUGCCUGUGGGCUGGCUUUCUUGCACGCGCGCGGGAUUGUUCAUCGGGACAUCAAGCCGCACAACGUGUUGAUCAAGGAAGGCAGGGCCAAGCUGUCUGACAUGGGACUGGGUCGGAGACUGGUGAAAGAUCAGAGCUCCUUCCUCAGUGCUGGCUCUGGUGGAAGCUCAGGCUGGCAGGCGCCCGAGCAGCUCAUGAUCAAGGAUGGCAUCCCCUCUCGUCAGACCAAGUCGAUGGACGUCUUCUCCCUGGGGUGCGUCAUCCACUACUGCCUGACAGCUGGGGGUCACCCCUUUGGCAGCCAGAGCUGUGGACGUGACCCCCUGAUCCUCAAGGGCGACCCAGACCUGAGCGGCCUUGACAAGCUGCCCCUGGCAAAGCACCUGAUCUCAGGGAUGCUUGAGAGGGAGCCUUCUAAGCGGCCCAACAUGAAGACAGUGCUGGCGCACCCCUUCUGGUGGACCAAGCGGAAGCAGCUGCAGUUCUUGGUUGACCUCAGCGACAGGAUCGAAAAUGAAGACCGCGCAGAGGAUAAGAGCCUGCUGCGCCUGCUGGAGAGCUAUGUGAAAGAUGCUACUGGCGGCAACUGGGGGGCGCGUAUCGACCCUAAACUUAUCUCCAACCUGGGACAGUAUCGCAAAUACACCUACACCAGCCUGCGAGACCUCCUCAGGGUCAUCAGGAACAAGCACAAUCACUUUCGGGAGAUGUCAGAGGACCUCAAGGAGCUGUUGGGACCAAUUCCAGAAGGUUUCUUGGGGUACUUCACAUCGCGUUUCCCGGAGCUCUUGAACGCCACAUACGCCUUUGCCCUGGCGCACUGCUCCCAAGACGCCCCACUGGACAAGUACUUCCCUGAGGAGCUGCGCUGCGCCAAGACCCCCACGCAGAACGGGGCUGGCUCCAGCCCUGCAGGCCCCGGAGCAAGCGCCCCAAUCAGCCCGCCAGUCAGCCAGACGUCCAUGUUUGCACUGGCCAAUGAGAGCAGGGAGGCGCCGCAGGGUGGCAGCAGUGAUUCUGGCUUCAAGGCUUGGGCUUCUGGGAGUGGGUCUGGCGCAAAUGGCAGGGUGUCGCCUCCUGGGCUGAAACCACCGCCCGCAAAGCAGCCUGAAGUUGGGGGAGCUGACGCUGCAGCGAGCGAAAUAUCCCUGCGGCCAGAGAGGCCAAGGCCGCAGCCGAGGCCCGCGAUCAGCCUGGCCGAGGACGGCAGGAGCAGGUCGGGCCCCCUGCCUCCUGGCCUGGGCCUCCCUUCUACAAGGAAUAUCAGCCUGUUCGACCAAGGUCGCAGCAGGUCAGGCUUGCUGCCGCCCUCCUUUGGGGGCUCGCCACCGCGGAGCACCAUCAGCCUGGCUGAGGACGGGCGUAGCAAGUCUGUGCUGCUGCCGCCCUCCAUCGGGGGCUCCCAUGCCAUGCCACCCAUCAGCAUAGCCGAAGAGGGCCGCAGCAGAUCGGGUCCUCUGCCACCUGGCCUUGGGAUUCCCCAGUUUAGGGGCCCACCAGGUACAGCAGAUGACCGCGGCAGGUCUGAGGGUGGCAUGUCGCCUCCUCAAGGCGAUGCUUCAAGAAAAGGCGCUGGGGGCCUCACUCUGGGCCUUGACACGAAGCGUACGAUCAGCAUCGCUGGCGACCGAAGGACGUCGUCUGGGCUGCUGUCACCAAAGGUCGGCCCUCUGAAGAGCGGAACGGGGACCCGGUGGGACGAUGUGUUGAACAUCAUCAACCUGGACCAACUAUCACCAAAGGAGGGGCCCAAGAAGGGCCCCCUGAGUGAGGCUGCAGAUCCGCCCUCAGGUCCAACAUCGCCGGUGAGUGCCAGGCUGACAGGCAGGGGCUUGAAUGGGGUGAAGACGAAGAGCGACCCCAAGUGGACAUCUGGCGGAGGGAUGGAGAGGUCAACGAGCCUGAUGGACAGUGGGGAGCUGAGCAUUGGGUCCCCUGGGUCCCGCACGACCAAGGACUACAAGGAGCUGCAGAGCCCGGUGAAGCCCAAGUCAUCCAACCCGCUGCGGCCGGACCUGCCUGUUGUGGGCUGGGAGGAGGACCCUGGAAACGACACCAGCACCGUGCUGACCUUUCCCCACAGGCCGGGCCAGCAGGUGUGCGACUUUUACGUGAAGACUGGCUUCUGCAAGUACCAUGACCGCUGCCGCUUCGACCACCCCCAGGAAUAUGCGGUGAAGUUGAAUGAGGACGGCCUGCCUAUGAGGCCUGGGCAGCAGGUGUGCGAGCAUUACAAGCAGACUCAUGAGUGCAAGUUUGGGGGUGCGUGCAAGUUCAACCACCCCAACAUGAAACCCAUUUACGCAGGGUCUGAAAGGUCCAGCGCCGUUGCCGCCCUUUCUUUCUGA